AUGGCAGACAACGACAACUUCGAGGAGGAUCUGUUUGCCGAUCUAUACACCGACGAUGUUGCGCCAAAAGCUGCUGCGCCGGAGCCCGAAGUCAAACCUGAAGUCACAGAGGCAGCUGAAGUCAAGGUAGAAGAAUCCCAUGAGCAUGGAGCAGAGAACGGCGAUGGCGAUGAGCAAAUGUACAAUGGUGAACAAGAUAUGGAGGAUGAGAUCGAUUUCAAUCUGGGAAACGGCAAUAGCUAUGACACUCCUGGCUCGCAUGAGGCACAUGGUCCGGUCUCUACACGGCAAAUCGCGAGCCAGAAGACGGCACAAAUCUUGGAAAAUGGCGUGGGAGAACUUGGUUGGGAAGCUUUGGCGUCACAUCCUUUCUCAGUAGAGAUUGAUGUUAGGGAUGGAAAGGGCGCAAAUGGAAAUUUGACACGGGGAGGAAAGCGGUCUGCUGGCAGGAAUAGCUUUGACUACGCUGAGAAAUUCUGCACAACAAGCAACGAAGCAAAGAGUUCGGAGGAGCUUGAUUGUGGUGGGCAAACCAAAGACACGAAGAUGUUCAUUGGUGGAUUGAAUUGGGAGACUACCGAUCAAUCACUUAAGGAAUACUUCUCUCAGUUCGGUGAGGUUUUGGAGUGCACUGUCAUGCGAGAUGGAGCCUCAGGUCGUUCUCGAGGUUUCGGUUUCUUGACAUUCAAAGAUGCACGUACCGUUAACAUCGUAAUGGUGAAGGAGCACUACCUUGAUGGCAAAAUUGUAAGACCUGACUUUUCAACUAAAGACAAUUCUCUUCGUCGUAACCCUUCAACCCUUCUUUCUCCUAUCAAACACAGCAGCUCAUGUUUUACCAAGAUCGACCCCAAGAGGGCAAUUCCACGAGAUGAGCAGGAACGUACUAGCAAGAUCUUCGUCGGUGGCGUCUCUCAAGAAGCCACUGAACAAGAUUUCAAGGAGUACUUCAUGCAAUUUGGACGUGUUGUUGAUGCCACUCUCAUGAUGGACAAGGACACUGGCAGACCAAGAGGCUUUGGAUUUGUCACGUUCGACAGUGAGGCAGCAGUAGACCAAUGCUUGGCUCAACCACUUGAGAUUCUCGGCAAGCCAAUCGAAGUCAAGAAGGCUCAGCCACGCGGAAACAUGCGAGAAGAGGAGGAGCCUCGUAAUAUUCGAGGAGGAGGUCGUUUCCGUAAGGGUAAUGAGAACGAAAGUCAAAAUGCCAACCAGGUUCAACAAGGCGGCGGCAAUCAAAUGGCUCCUGGCGGUAUGACCCCUCAAUUGAUGGCCCAGUACUGGCAACGUAUGCAACAAUACUUCGCCAUGAUGCAACAAAAUAUGGCUAUGGGUGGCGGUCGAGGCAUGGCAAUGGGAGGCAUGAACCCACAAAUGAUGAUGCAGAUGCAGCAAAUGCAACAGAUGCAACAACAAAUGAGCCAAGGCAAUCGAAGUCAAAGUCCUCAAAGUCCUGGUGCAGCUAUGGGUGGUAUGCAAGGCAUGAAUCCUGCUAUGUUGGCACAAAUGCAACAAAUGCAGCAGAUGCAAAUGCAGGGUAUGGGAGGAGGAGCUGGUGCCAUGGGAGGAGCUGGCUUCGGAGGUGCAAAUGCAGCAAGUAAUCCUGGUGGCCGCAUGGGUACGCCUGGAUACAACGCCUAUGAGCAGCAGGUCUUCGAGCAACAAAAGUACGAGCAGCAACAGAUGCGUCGUGCCCAGCGUGAUCAAUCUCAAUACAGCCAAGGUGGUGGUGGUGGUUAUGGAAUGGGUGGAGGUGGACCAACUUCUUGGGAGGGAAUGUACGAUGAUGUACCCCAACCUGCCGUUCCAGCUAGCAACAGUGGUGGUAGUCGAGGAGGACGAGGUGGUAGCAGAGGUUCUCAGCCACCGCAAACCCCAGCCAGUGCUCCACCCGCUAAUGCACCAACUGGUCCAAAGAAUGCUGGCAAGCCUGGUGCGAACUAUCGGGGCGGUGGCAGAGGCCAAAGCCGGGGAUUUCAUCCAUAUGCUCGUUGA